GGAGAGAGAGAGAGACAGAGACAGAGAGAGAGAGAGAGAGAGAGAGAGAGAGAGAGAGACAGGGUGACAAGAGAGGAAAAAAGAAGAGAGAGAGAGAGAGAGAGAGAGAGAGAGAGAGAGAGACGUGUUAACGUUCCGUGUCGGGUGUGCGUAUGUUUGUGGGUGUGUUUGUUUGUUUGCGUGUGUUUAGCCAAGGGAGUGUGCGCGCGCGCGGUGCCGUUGGUGGUGCUACCGGUAAAAAUUGGCACCGCUAGUGCUGGUGCAGAAGAAGAAGAAGAAGAAGAAGAAAAAGAAGAAGAAGAAAAAGAAGUAGAAGUAGAGGUAGAGAAAAAAGAAAAAGAAGGCGGUAGGUGGUGGUAGCGAUGGUGAUGAUAGGUGAUAUUAGUGAUGGUGGAGGACGAUCAUGAAUCGGUAGUGUUGGUGAUGGUACCGGUUGAAUUAAUAGCUUCUUCCUCUCUUGGUCAUUCUUCUAGUCUUAAAUAGUAUCGGAGAGAGAGAGAGAGAGAGAGAGAGAGAGAGAGAGAGAGAGAGAGAGAGAGAGAGAGAAAGAGAGAGAGAGAGAGAGAGAAGAUAGAGAGAUAAAGAGAGAAAGAGUCAUUUCGGAUACCACGAAACGCGAGACGAAGACGACGACGACGACUACGGAAACCGGAAGAGUCGCGAGAGGAUGAGAUCGAUAAGGAGGAGGGAGCUUACGUACGAGUUACGUGAAACGGUCGCGUAGAAGAGCGCGUAGCUUUGAUAGUACACAGUAUUUUGUUCUACACCCUUCAUCAAUCGCGUUCAGAAUACCAUCUCAUCCUCAUCUAGUCCGGUGUGCCUCUUGAAGGCGAGGGAAAGAGAGAGAGAGAAUUCAAUAGAAGGAAGAGAGAGUAAAUAGGAUAAAUAGUGGAAGGUUGGAAAGAGGCUGAAAAGGAGACUGCAAAAGAGAGAGAGAGAGAGAGAGAGAGAGAGAGAGAGAGAGAGAGAGAGAGAGAGAGAGAGAGAGAGAGAGAGAUAGUUUCGGAUAAAACAAGAAGCAAUAGUAGAUAUUCAGCAUCCUUGUCUUUCUCUCUCUCCCCCUCGAUCUCGGGCUCCGCUCGAUGGGGUUCGUCGCCGAAAGAAGGUCAAAGAUCGAUCGCGGACGAAGAAGGGUCGUGACCUCACGCGUACGUACUGACCCACGCGCGUAGUACGUUACGAGCCGGAGGAGGUGGAGUUAGGAAAGGUGGAGGUGGAGGCCCCGUUAUAAAAGAGAGAAAGAUUGGAGAUGAGACGACAAUGGAUCGGUACAUUCCGAUGAUGGGCUUUAUGACGUUAAAAGAAUAUAAUAGGAAAAGAGAUAAGAGUAUUCGGUGAUUUGCUACGAUUCUUAACAUCGAUGAUCCUAGUUUGUGAACGUAUACCUUCGCGUAGAGUAGACCUCACCUUCGAACGGACAAAAGAUCCCGGGAUCGGACGAGUAAGAAAAGAAGUGAAAGAGAACCGAAGGGGAUCAGUUUUUGGGGGUGUUAGGAGCACACGUGCUCGCCGACGGUGUAGAACUUCGUGAGAAAUAGUGAGAAUGGGGCGAAGGGAGGCUCGUUAGCGAUCUAAGGCUGGCAUAGGAACGAUGAAGAGGAAGCAGAGCUGAGAGAAAGAAGAAUAAGAAGAGUAAAAAGAGGUCGGUGGAGAAGAGAGGCUGCUUGCUGCUGGUGCUUCGUGAACAAGCCAGACGGAUCGUUAUUUAUGAGGAUGCGUGCGAAAGUGUAAGGGCGCGACGGUGUGACUGAAAGUGCUCGAUCGGAAGGGAGGCUAAAAGUAGGAGGAGAGAGAAAGAGAGUGAGAGAGAGAGAAAGAGAGAGAGAGAGAGAUAGAGAGAGAAAAGAAUAAGAAGAAGAAAAAGGGAAGAAAAAGGAAGAAAGAAGUGGAGAUAGGUUUUGAUCGUAGAGAGUCGGUCAAAGGACUAGGCUGACUGUCACAAAUUCCUGGUCUGUAAAAAGAGAAGGAGAAAAGAAGAGAAGGGACGAGGAGAGAAGAGAGGAAAGAAGAGAGGAGAGAGAGAACUAAAGAGAGAGAGAGAGAGAAAGAAAGAGGAGAGGGAGUAUAUUCUGGUGUGGUAGGGGCUUGAGAAAAGAGAAAAGGGGGUGGUCGCGAGAUGUCUCGCGAUCCUUAUUCGAGCGGCAGCGGCGUGGUAGGUCCGGGAGGCGGCACCCGCUCACCGCGAAGCGGUCGUCGAGUCGGCGAACUACCGACCGUCGACCGUAGCCCCUCGAGGAGUUACGCGAGCGGUCGCGGAAGUCCUCUAGGACGAAAGAGGGGCACGCGUAGCGGGAACAACUCGCCUGAGCACCUUGGAUACGGUAGCUACCAUCACCAUCAGCUGGGAAGCCCGUACUACUCUCGCGACGAGGACCUCGCCAGUCCCGUCAUGCUCGAGGAGAGGGGCAGGAGUAUGUCGACAGGGGGCGGGGGUAGCAGCGGACAUCACAGAUCCAGAAGCGCCUCGAGACCCGCCAUGUCCAGCUCGGCGGGCAUGUCGACGAGGUACACUAGUCUCGAUCGUGCUUCGGCUGGUAUUCUCGAUCAUGAUCGAGAAUUCGUACCGAUUCGGGAACCGCGUGAACGUAGUCGCGAUCGGGGCCUAUAUCUCGAGGAUGAAAUUUAUGGAUCAAGAUCGGCAAGGCAAAGUCCAAAUCCCCACAUGCUGCGAGAUAGCGGUGGUUAUAUCGGCGAGCUCCAACAUCAGAACAACGAUCUACAAAGAGAAUUGGGUAAUCUCAAGAAAGAACUCGAGCUGACGAAUCAGAAGCUCGGUAGCUCGAUGCACAGUAUCAAGACGUUUUGGAGUCCGGAACUGAAGAAGGAACGAGCCCUUAGGAAGGAAGAGAGCACCAAGUAUAGCCUCAUCAACGAGCAGCUCAAGCUACUCAACUCGGAGAAUCAGAAACAGAGCUUAAUAGUACGACAAUUAGAAGAGGAACUCAGACUGAGGAUGCGUAAUCCAAGCGUUGAGAUGCAACAACAAAUAGAAGUUUUGUACAACGAAAAUGAACACCUCACGCGGGAAAUUGCUAUACUUCGUGACACGAUAAAGGAAUUGGAAUUGAGAAUAGAAACACAGAAGCAGACAUUGCAAGCUCGCGAUGAAAGUAUCAAGAAGCUUCUCGAGAUGCUCCAAAACAAAGGGAUGGGAAAAGAGGAGGAAAGGAUCAUGUUCCAGCAGAUGCAGUCGUUGGCCCAGAAGCAGCUUUCUGAGGAGCUGGAGGAACUCAGAACAGAGCUGCAGCGAAGGGAUCAGGAACUCAUGGGUAUGUCGGCGAAGAUGAAAACUCUGGAGGAACAACAUCAGGAUUAUCAACGACACAUAGCCGUACUGAAGGAGUCCCUAUGCGCGAAAGAGGAACAUUAUAAUAUGUUACAAGCGGACGUCGAGGAAAUGCGGCAAAGGUUGGAGGAGAAGAAUAGGAUGAUCGAGAAGAAGACACAGGCAGCUAUGCAGGCGCAACAGGAACGAAAUCGCAUGAACAACGAGCUAACUGAACUUAAGGAUCACAUGGAUAUCAAAGAUCGAAAGAUCAACGUUCUUCAGCGCAAGAUCGAAAAUCUGGAGGAUCUGCUGAAGGAAAAGGACAACCAAGUUGAUAUGACGAGAGCCCGGUUAACGGCUAUGCAGGCACACCAUUGCAGUAGCGAGGGUGCACUUAGCACUUUGGAAGAAGCUAUAGAAGAUAAGGAAAAGCAAAUGGCGCAACUUAGAGAACAGAGGGAUCGUGCGGAACAAGAGAAACAGGAAGAGAGGGAACUGCACGAGCGUGAGAUCGCCGAAUACAAAAUGAAGAUACAUGCUCUCGAGUCAGAGGUUGAGAAACUUGGUGCCCGAUUGGAAAGGGCACAAGCUGAAAAGGAUCGGCUCGAGGCAAAACUCGAGAGCUCACAAUCUGAAUUAGGAAAGAGCAAAGCAGAACUUGACAAAGCGGCAUCCGAGGUCGGUCGCAGUGGUGCCGAUUGGGAAGCAGCAAAGCAAAGACUUGCUAGGUUGGAAUUGGAGAACGAAAGACUCAGGCAUGAUAUCGAGAGAUCACAGUCGAGCUUCGGUAGGAGUACAUUGAAUUCGUCUCAGGAGAUGGAUAGAAUUCAAGAGAGAGCAGAGAAAACGGCUGCAGAUUUAAGAAGAGCUCAAGCUGAACUUAGGGUUACACAGGCUGAUAACGAGAGGGCAAGAGCCGAAGCUGCUGCCCUUCAAGAAAAGGUUGAGAAGAGUCAAGGCGAAGUGUACAGGCUAAAAGCUAGAUUAGAAAAUGCACAGACCGAACAAGAGAGUCUUCGCGAGGAAUAUGAUCGGGCACAAUCAUCAGCUGCUCGUCUUCAUUCCGAGAGAGACAAAGCUAUAGCCGAACUCGAAAAGUCCCAAGAGGAACUUGAACGUACUCAGGCCACGCUCGGCAAAGCACAAUUGCAACAAGACAAAUUACAGAAUUUACUCGAUAAGACACAAAGCGAGGUGGACAAACUUCAAGAAAAGCUCGACAAGUCACAAACCGAAGUUCGUAGGAUGCAAAUGGAAAGAGAAAAGCAAAGUUAUGACUUUGAAAAUUUGCAAAGUCAACUGGAUAAGGCAUUGGGUCAAUCAACCAGGAUGCAAAAGGAACGAGAGACGAUACAGUUGGAAGUUGAUCGUCUCCAAGACAAAUACGAGAAGGCUCAGAUGAUCAUGCAGCGACUUCAAAAGGAAAGAGACACCUUCCAAGUAGAAACUGAAACGUUGAACGAGAGGAUAGAGUUCCAACAGAGUCAAAUAGGCAAGAUGCAGCGUGAAAAGGAGAACGUAUUAUCCGAGCUCGAGUUGGUCAAGGAGAGAUGGGACAAGACGCACAAUUCUCAUCAGAAGUUAACCCUCGAACGGGACGACGCAUUGACAGAGGUUAAGAUUCUAAAAGAGAAACUUGACAAAGCCCAAUACUCCGUAACAAAAGCACACGAAGAGCGUGAGAACACGAGCAAGGAGUUUGAGAAAAUGUUGGAGAAGUACGACAGAGCUCAGAGUGACGUGUAUCGACUACAAAAUCGAAUCGAAGUUAUGGAAGCGGACAAGGAUCGAUUGGAGCUCGAAGCCGACAAGCAACAGAUGUUGACGGCAAAGAGCAGAGAGGAUGCACGUAAAGCUCAGGAAGAAUUGGCCAGGGUCCAGGAGAUGUACGACAGGGCUGCAUUACAGCUCGGUCGAACUAAGGAACAGGAGGAGAAAUCGAAGGAGGAUCUGGACAGGCUGGCGGUCGAUCUCGAAAUGAUGCGAGAACGAUACGAGAAGUCGCAAAUAGAAUUGCGCCGUUUACAGAAUGAACGAGAAAAGUUGGUAGGUGACAACGAGCGAAUAAGUUUCGAAUUGGAUCGGGCGCAUUCGCAAUUAAACAAGGCCCAAGCGGCAACGGAGAAAACCCAGGAGGAAUUGGCUCGUAUGCAACUGGAGAUCGAAAAGAUGUACGAGAAACACGACCGCCAGCAGGCCGAGGUAAGGAAGGCUCAAGCCGAGGCGGAGAGAUCAAAGGCUGAGGUUGAGAGUGCACGCGUCGAGUGCGAGAGGUACGCCGCGCGAUUCGGUAAAUAUCAGGAGAGCCAGGGACGGCAGAAGGAGGAGCACGAAUUGGCGAAGCUGGAGGUCGAGAGGCUACGCGAUCGUCUGGAGAAGGCACUGGCGGAGUUGGAGCGCGCGAGGAAGGCCGAGCAGGACGCUUCGAGGUUGCGCGCCGACUUGGAACGAGCGGAGGGCGUUCGAGGUAAAUACCAGUACGAGCAGGAAAAAUGGCAGAGCGAGGGUAGUAGGCUACAGCAGGAGGUCGAGAAGCUGAGGGAGCGUCUCGAGGGUCGCGAGUCCGAGCUGAAGAGGCAACAGUCGAGCAACGCCGAGCUCGAGGAGAAGCUGCACGAGACGCAGCUUCAGCUCGAGCGUGCUCGCGAAGAAACUAACAAGGCGAAUACGGUACAAGAGAGGAAUCGCGGCGAAGUUGAGAGAGCUAGGAUCGAAACCGAGAAGAUACGAGAUCGGCACGAUAAGAUCAAGACUAAGGCUGACGCGCUCGAGGCGGAUAACGAGAAGCUCCGCGUCGAGAUCGUUAGGCUCGAGAGAUUGAUGCAGACCGAGGGUAAGACGAGAUCGGAGAGCGCGAGCAUCGAGGUGGAACGUUUGAGAGCUAGCCUGGACAAGGCGAUGACCGCUCGAAAUCAGGUAGAGCUUGAGGCUGGUAGAUUGGCUAAGGAACUUGAGAAGGCUCAUAUGCAGACGGUCAAGUAUCAAGAGGCAGCCGAGUUGAACAAAAAGGAACUAGAGCGUUUAGCCGCCGAGAUGACCUUGCUAAGAGAGGAGAGGGACGCGCUCCGUCAGGAGAUACGCCGUAUUCAACAGCAACAGCAGCAACAGCAGCAGUUACCGGUAGCGGCCACCGAGGAGAUGGCAAGGCUGCAGCACGAACUUCAACUUGCUCAGCGAGAACGCGACAAGAUGGCGGCCAUCUUGGAGAACAGGGAAAAACAUUCGGAGAAAAUCGAGAAGGUUAAGGAGAAGCUCGAGGCCGAGGCAAAACAGUUACAGAUCGAGAGGGAUCAGUUGGUGAUACAGCUGGAAAAAUCGCAGGAGAUGUUAGUAAACUUCCAACAGGAAUUGAACUCGAACGAGGCGGAACUCGAGCGUCAGCGCGAAGAGGUGCGCCGUCUUCAGCAGCUACAGCAACAACGAGUGCACGCGCAGACGCCCGAUCGUGCCGCCAAGGAAGCUCUCGAGGCAAACAUGAGGGAGGUUCAUCGAUUAAAUCAACAGAUACAAACGCUCACGCAGGCACAAACGAAGGAACGCCAAAGAGCAGAGCAAUCGGAGAAACGCGUUCAAGAACUUCAAAGGCAGAUCGCCACGAGGGGAGUCGAAAGUGGGGCUGCUACAGCUGCCACCGAGGCCCAACUCGAACAAUGGAGGAAACUUUGCGAAACAGAGAAACAACGUGCGGACGCUGCCGAAAGACAGGCGACGGAUCUACAGAAGCAUAUCCAAACGACCGAGAGACAAUUACACGCCCAUCAACAACAAAUACAGCAGAUGCAAGUGACGAUUCAACAGCAGCAACAACAGAUACAACAGCAACAGCAGCCGUCGCAAGCGCAAAACGGGCAGGAGGCUGCAAGGUUACGAAAGGAGCUCGAGCGCGCUCAAGAGGACAUUAAACAGGCCGCGGUCGAACGCGAGAGGUUCCAGGCGCAGCUUGAGAUGCUGUGCCAGGAAAUCGAGAAAAAUCAGGUGGAUCUUCACGAGGCGAACAAGAAACUAAAAGCUGGAGCCGCGAAAGCUGGCGCCGAUUCUAGCCAAGAGAAGAAACAACUGGAGGAACAAAGGCGUCAGUUGGAGGAGCAGAGGAGACAAACGGAGGAACGAGCCAAAACCGUAGAUCAAAAAUCUAGAACGAUAGAGGAGAAGGAGAGGACGCUCCAAAGUCUCGACCAAGAUUUGAAAAAGCGCAAAGCGAAAAUGGACCAGCUUGAACAACAACUACAAAGGAGCGGCGGGUCACCGGAUAAGAGAUUGGCGGAAAUGCAAAAAGCAUUGGAGUCUGCCGAAAAGGAAUUGGAAAAGGCGAAGGAAGCGUCGGAGAGAAGCACGGCGGAAACCGAGAGGCUGUUGCAACUCGUACAAAUGACGCAGGAAGAACAAAACUCGAAGGAAAAACAAAUUAGAGAACUACAAGAUGCACUCAAAACCGCACAAGCCAAGUUGAAACAAGCUGCAACUGCACAGCAACAAGAGGACAACCUAGACGAACUAAUGAAAGGUGUAACGGAUAUGAGAUCUUGUCGUAAGAAUGAGGACGAUCGAUGGAACGAAAAUUUGUCGAAGAAUGAUACUAAAAGAAAUCUUAACGACAAGAGAAUGAAGGACGAUAGGGACGAGACCAUUAUUACCUGGAAGAAGGAUUUGGUUGAAAAAAAUAAAAGGAUAAUGGAACUCGAAGAGGAGAUGUCUAAGAUGAAGGAUCUUCUUGAUAAUAAAAAACAAGUGGAAAAGUUUGAAUAUACGAAGGAUAAAAACGAUGACGAGUCCUGGAAGAAGGAAGUCGAAGCUAAAAAUCGUAGGAUAGUGGAGCUUGAACAAGUUAUGGCGUCCUUGGAGAACUUUUUAAAGGAACACACAGAUACGGAGGGUAUCAGGGAACUCGAGGCGAUAGUCGAAAGGAAAAAUAUGAGGAUCGACGAACUCGAGGAUACCGUAGCGGAGUUUGAAGAUUUUCUCAAAGAAAAUCCUGACGUUAAAGAGUUACACGAUUUGCGACAUCAAGUAAAUGUAUCCGAACGUAGGAUACAUGAGUUAGAGGAUUGGAUACGUAGAAACGACGGUACUAAUGCUGACGAUGGAAUAGAUCGUGCUAGGAUCAUGGAACUUGAGGAAAUGGUCACCCAUUUGGAGGAUUAUGUUAGAAAACAUAACGUUGACAUACUCAAACAGAAACUUCAAGAUCGAGAAUCUAGGAUUGAACAACUUCAAGGUCGCGUCGAUACUUUGGAAAAGGAACUGAUCAAAUUCAAAAAGGACUUUGAAGGUCAGAAAACAUCCACGGAGAGUAGAAAAAAUCAUAUGAAAGAUUCAACGAAUGAUCCAAUAAUUAUCAGUAACGAUGCUAGAACGAAGGAACUAGAACUAUUGAUAUCAGAAAAAAAUGCAAAAAUCGAUGAGCUGGAGAAACGAAUCAUCGAAUCGAAAGAUCAAAUGAAUGAUAUGCAGAAGGAUAUUGCCAGAUUAGAAAAAGAAUUAAGCGAGUACGAGGCCGAGGAUAUUGGAGUUUUAAAGGAAGAGAUAAGGGUGAGGGACGAGAGGAUUUUGCAAUUGGAGGACGAAAUCGAUUCCCUUGAAAGAGCCUUCAACGAGAGUGUCGAUCUCGAACAGAUCGAAGAACUCAUGAACGUUAUUAGCAGAAAGCAGGAUAAAGAACGUCAGUUUGAAAAAGAUAUUGAAAGUAAAAAGAACAGAAUCGAGGAACUUAGCGAGGCGCUUCGUGAAAGUGUCGUCAUUGCCACCGACGGUGAGAAAAGAUUUCAACGUGAAGAAAAGUUGAAGAAGAAUGCUCUUGAAAGAGUCGCAAAACUCGAGCAAAGAAUAGUUUCUAUACAAACGACUUCGGCUUUGAAAUGUCCUACGUGCAAACCAUUGCUUUCUAAGCUUCAAACUUCCGAAAAAAUGCUUCAACGUCUGACUGAAGAGAGAAGCAUUCAGUUGGAAGAUCUUCAUCAAAUGAAACAAGAAGCCCUGAAAGCAGCAGUUUCCGAAAAGGACGCACACUUAGCAUUGCUCGAACUUUCGGGCAUAAAGACAGCUCAACAAGCCGAUCAGGCUGAUAAAUUAAAGGCUGAGAGAAAAAAAUUAAUUGACAGGCUUAAAAGAGAAGAUGAAAGAAGCAUAGAAAUGUCUUUGGAAACGAGCCCAUUGGAUUCAGAUACGACUAUACAAGUGCUUGCUGAGAUACUCGAAACAUCUGAGGACGAGGAGAAGGAAGAAGCAGACGAGAACGAAGAUUGUGUCGACAAGGCGAGCUCUCGUAAAUCAGAGAUCACCACUACCAACGGUGACAGCUGCGACCACACAACGAUGGAUUCGAGAGACCGAGAGUGCAAGUAGCAGUUACUAAUCAAACAGCAUCAACAAACAAACACAUCACAACAGGAUUAUACCAGAUAAGUACAUGGAGAGACACUUCUACGGUAUAUUUCAGUGUAGAGAGAAAAAAACCAUUAAGAUUGGUCCUUUCGUUUCUUCGAUGUUGUCAUGUGCACCCACACGCAAUUGUAGAGGCAGUCUAGAAAGUAUAUCUAGAAUUGUAGAGAGUGAGAGAGAGAGAGAGAGAGACAGAGGAAAAGAGAGAGUGAGAAAGAGAGAGAGUGAGAGAGAGUGAAAGAUAAACAAUAUGCCAAACGAAAUGAAAGAAAAUAGUCCAGAGACACAAAGUAAUAUUAAUAACAACAACAACAAUUACUACUACAACUACUACUACUAUUACUACUUCUACUACUACUACAACAGAUCAACAACAAACAACAACUCCUAAUCUACUCUCGUCGUAGUCAUCAUAUUCAUCUUUCGUCAUGAUCAUCGUCAUCAUCGUCAUCAUCGCCUUAUUUCGAGCAUCAUCUACUUACAUCUCCUCAUCGAAUCGUCCAUCUUUGUUUUCUUUUUCUUUUUCUUUGCCCGCGCGCGUGUGAGAACGUUCUCCAGCAAAAAUUCUUUCCCACUCGCAAUAAGGAUUAAUUAAUUCGUAAUAUACAGAAUCCUUCGAAAUUAAUCGUACGUAUAUUUUUGUUGGAGAGUACGUUUUGUAAACGAUUUUUAAUAUUGUCCUUUCGGUAGGACAUUCGAGGCGUUUGUCCGAUUACAAAUUAUUAUAAUGGCGGCCUAUCGUCGAACAUUGUGCGUUGUCAUUCUCGUGUAAAACAGGCCAGUCGAAUUUUUUUUCUUUCUUCUGUUUUAAAGAAAUUCAUUUACCUUAUUUUUAUUUAUUUAUUUUUUUUUUCUUUUAUAAGAAUCUUGGGAAAGUUUGGGAGAAAUUUUUCUGCGAUAAGUGUAAUGAAAUGAUAUAGUAACAAAGAGAGAGAGAGAGAAAGAGAGAGAAAAAGAGAGAGAGAAAGAGAGAGAAUAAAUGAAAAAAUAUUUUACGUUUUUUCGCGAUUUGAAAAAUUCAUUAUUAUAAUUAAUAUCAUGAGAAGAAAAAAGAAAAGAUACAAAUAAGUAUCUAUCUUUCUCAUCGUCUCUCUCUUAUUCUCUUCUUAAGAAUCGAUAAAGCUCGAAAUACAAUAAAAACGGGGAAGCGACUGAAUGAUCGAAAUUUAAUCGGGUUGUUGAAAGGUGGGGAAUAGUGGCUGAUAAGAAUAACUUAAAAAGAUAUAUCUGCUCUUUGUUUUUCAUUUUCUCCAUUUGUUAUCCACGGUUGUCUUUUUAUUUUUUUUUAUUUAUUUUUUUUCUCUUCCAAAUUUCUUGUCACGGGUCCAAAAAGAUCUUCGUUGUAUAACGACUAGGUAUUAUAACGAUAAUUAAAAAUAAAGGAGUCCGAGAGUGCGGAGGGUGAGGAAAAAGAAAAAAAGAGUAUAGAAAAAAUAAAACGGGAUCGAUAAGAGAGAGAGAGAGAGAGAGAGAGAGAGAGAGAGAGAGAGAGAGAAAGUUAUACAAAAUAACAAAAUUUUCUUGUGGUUAUUUAUCAUAAGCAAUAUUCUAAAGCAAAAUUUAAUAAACACUAAGAGAGAUAAAAAGAUAAAAUUCAUUAGGUACAACGAUUGAAUUAUUUUUUUUUUUUAAAGAUGACAAUAAUAACGAAUGUUCAUGUGCAUUCUGUCAAUAUACGAGGCACCUCCAUGAUCGUGGAUCGAUUGGAAUACGAAAAAAACGAAAAGAAAAAUAAUAAUAAUAAAAAUAAUAAAAACAAUAAUAAUAAUAAUAAUAAUAAUAAUAAUAAUAAUAAUAAUAAUAAUAAUAAUAAUAAGAGUAAAGUGCUAAAAAAGAAAUAAAAGGUGUAUUAAUUUUUUUAACACCAUAAGAACGUUUCUCUAUAUAAGAUUAUCUCAAAUGAUAUACUCUAAGGAAAUGAAUUUUUCAACAAAAAAAAAAAAUCAAAAAGAUGAAAAAAAGAAAAAGAUAUUUCUCCAUCGAAGUUAAGCAAUUUUCUUGCUUUAUAAUUCAAUAAUUCUAAAUAUCGUUCUUUGUUAUAUCUCUAUAAAAAAAGAAAAAGAAACUCUAAUCGAAUCGAAUACACAUAUAAUUAUUAACAACGCAUAAGAAUCGAAUGAACGUCAAAUCGAAUCUCGUACUUUCGCUGAGAAUUCACGAAAUUUUGGUAAUGAGAUAGAUAAGAAGUGUAAUCCAAAAAACAAAAGAAAAAAGAAAAAAUGGAACAGAAUAAAAUAAUUAAAUAAAAAAACAAAAAAGAUCAUCAUCCUCGAUCGUGGAGAACAAAACGUGGUAUGAUUAGUGAUAACGUGAAAAUAUGUAGGAUGCAAAAUGAGGAAAGAAAAGAUAAGAAAUAGGCGAGUUAGGGGACGAUAAGGACGUAAUCCGAGGCACUAACAAUAAGAUAAAAGAAAAAUGACAGAAAAAAAAUGAAAGAAACAAUAUACAAAACUAAAAAAGUUCUUGUAAAUAAUAAGUCGACUCGCGAAGGAUCUCUCGGAACUCCCACUUAGAUAUGUAAUAUCCGUUCUAAAUCUGCGUAAUACCCAUUCCCACGCAAUAAAUUAUUAGUGUAUAGAUUCUAUAUCAUAGAUAAAUAUAUAUAUAUAUAUAUAAACAACAAAAAAGAAUAUAUAUAUAUACAUACACAUACACACGAGGUAUUUCCAAAGAUGCGCGAGAUUUUCGAUUCAUAUGUUCGAACUCGCAUAUUACUCGUACUCCAUUAUAAAAAUUCAUUUGUUUGAUAUAACAUUACGAUACUUAAGUCACCAAUUAAUUUAUCUAUACUCUCAUUCGUUUACCGAGAAUUCAAAUCGUUCAUACGAUUUGAAUUUCCGGCCCUUGUGCCCACGCGAAACAGUUUAUAUUCUUUCAAUUGUAAUGAACAUGAAGUAUUACGAAGGAUAACCGAAUUGUCAGUAAAUAAAAAAUUAAUAGA